UAUGUGUGACAUCAAUUACGCAUCAUGUUAUCAUCAUCAAGUACAUCAAUUACAUAGAUGUCAUGUAAUCAUCAUCAAGAACAAGUAUAUAUGGAUUAUAUGAGUAUCAUGUAAUCAUCCUCACAAGCAAAUUGAUUUAUUGUGCCAUCAUGUAAUUAUCAUUAAAUAUUUAUCAUCAUGAUUCAUCAAAUUGUCCAUAUGAUAUAAUGUGCCAUAUUAUGAAUAUUAUUAUUAUACUUUUUUUGGACAUAUAUAUGUAAAUGUAUAUGUCUAUGAAUUAUUCUACAAUUCUAGCGUGGUACCACUCAGCGGUUUCGCUGAGCGUGUAGUUUGUAUUUUUUCGUUGACUACACGUAGGUAACAAGAAGACAAUGAUGGAACCUUUCCCGGAGGGCAUUGAGUCAGAGGAGAUGCAAGGAUGGCAGGCAAAUGUUGAUCAUCAGAUUUUUAAAUGUGUCAUGAUUUGAUUAUUAUUGUACUUCCGCAUUACUCUGAAAAUAUUUUUUUAAAUGGGUCGCGAUCCAGAGUCUGUAAAUUUAAUAUUUAUAAGUAAUUGUCAUUUUUAAAUGUCAAUGCCAGGUCGCCGCAUUGCCUCCCGGAACUCAGAAACAGAACCCUAGGUCGUGGGUCAGUUGGUCUAGAGCCGCAUCUGGACUCUGCCGGGGAUAAUUUGCCACUGCGUUGCCGCCUCUAGCCACCACGGCACCACCACUUCUCCAACUAAAGGUUGUUUGGGCAUCCUUCACUGAAGUGGAAGAGCACUGAGGAUGAUAGUUCAAACAUUGUCUCUACCCAGGCUCAGGAAACUCUUAUUCCCGCUUUGUUCUUUUUAUACUUGCACAAACCCGGUAGCUAUCUGUAUCCCCAAAUUUCAAAUCAUCCAAUCCAUUUAUUUGGAAAAUUCAACCAGAACAACACCCUUCUCAUUUGUUCGAGCCUUCUCUGCAAAGUCUUCUCCAGUUUCGCUCCUCAGCAGAGAUGGAAACUAUUAUGAAGCCACUUCAGAAGCCUUAUUUAUCUGCCCUGGUUGUGGUGUCAGCAUGCAGGGUAGUGAUUCUAUGCAACCUGGUUACUUCAUCAAUCCAUCGACUAAAUCCCACAAUUAUAAGACACUCUUUGACAGAAAUCCGAUAGUUGAUGAGGUAGAUAUAUCAAAUUCCCUUAAGAAAGGAUUUCUAAAUGAGCCGAUGGAAUCAAAAGGUGAAGAAAAAGUUGAAUUAAAUUCAACUUUAAAGUCCCCCGAGAAGCCGGUGGUUUGUGCUAGGUGUCAUAGCUUGAGACACUAUGGGAAGGUGAAAGACCCGAGGGUUGAGAACUUGUUACCUGCUUUUGAUUUUGAUCACACAGUUGGGAGGAGGUUGAUAUCUGUAACUGGGACGAGAUCUGUGGUGCUGAUGGUGGUGGAUGCAUCAGAUUUUGACGGGUCGUUUCCAAGGACGGUGGCUAAGCUGGUUUCAAAGACAAUUGAAGGGAACUCGCGAGCAUGGAAGGAGGGAAAAUCAGGGAACGUGCCUAGGGUCGUGCUGGUAGUAACUAAGAUUGAUCUUUUACCUAGCUCUGUAUCACCUAAUGGACUUGAACAUUGGGUUAGAACAAGGGCUAGAGAGGGUGGUGCGACCAAGUUGACGAGCGUACAUCUGGUAAGUGCAGUCAGGAAUUGGGGGGUAAAGAACUUGGCAAAUGAUGUGGUAGCACUGGCUGGUCCAAGAGGGCAUGUAUGGGCAGUUGGCGCACAGAAUGCUGGGAAGAGUACACUGAUUAAUGCAAUAGGUAAGUGUGUGGGUGGGAAGGUGACUCAUUUGACCGAGGCACCUGUGCCUGGGACCACAUUGGGGAUACUGAGAGUGGAAGGUGUACUCCCAAAGAAUGCCAAAUUGUUUGAUACUCCAGGCCUUCUCCAUCCUCAUCAGAUCUCAACAAGGUUGACUAGGGAGGAGCAGAAACUAGUUCAUAUGUGCAAGGAGUUGAAGCCUAGGACAUACAGGAUCAAGGUAGGAUAUUCAGUUCACGUUGGUGGGCUCAUGAGGCUUGAUGUAGAAGAAUUAUCAGUUGAUUCUAUAUACAUUACAGUCUGGGCAUCUCCUCUAGUCCCACUGCAUAUGGGAAAGACAGACAAUGCUAGCACAAUGUUGGAAGAACAUUUCGGCAAUCAGUUGCAGCCACCAAUUGGAAGAGAUCGUGUUGCCAAGCUGGGUGAGUGGGUAAAAAAGGAAUUCAGUGUGAGUGGCAAUGCAUGGGAUUUUAGUUCUGUGGAUAUUGCUGCCUCGGGCCUUGGUUGGUUUGCCGUUGGACUUAAAGGAGAGGCUUGUUUAGGAGUCUGGACGUAUGAUGGCGUUGAGGUUGUUCUUCGCAACUCGUUGCUUCCUUACCGAGCACAUGAUUUUGAAGUUGCGGGGUUUUCAGUUUCCAAAAUUGUCUCGACUGCCGACCGUGCUAAGAAUCGGAACCUGAGAAGAGAUCUCUCGGCAGUUGUCACCGUUGAUGAAAAAGCUCCACGUUCAUCAUCCUGCUUUUGAGUUUCGAAAAGGCAUUGAUAUUACAAGAGAGUAAGAAGGGCCACCCUGAACUUCAUCAUGUCUACUCCUUGCUUUUAAACUAUUUCAUGAAUGUAGACAAUUGAAACCUGGAAGGACUACUGAUUAUCAUUUAUUGGGUCAGUUUCUUGUACUAACUUCACUAUGGUUUCUUCGGUUAUAUUAUUACUUAGCUUUUUUUCCCUUUAUUUGAAGUUUUUUAGGGUCUUACAUCUGAGGUGAUCAG